ACACUUCAGAUAACAUUAAACAUCAUUAAACGUGUAAUUAGUUGACAAAUUUAUUCUUUAUUGCAAUGGCGGAUCUAGAAUCGUUCAACGAUAAUGGGAAUACUCCCGAUAAUGGAAGUAGAACAUUACCAGGCGACACUAGCGGUGGAUACUCGAUGAAGAACUGGAAAGCAUUCACACCAUUUCUAGGAAUGUAUAGGGAUGUUUCUAAUCGGAUACCAUAUUACAUAUCCGAUUGGACAGACGCAUGGAAUUACAGGGUUAUACCAUCCACAUUACUCAUAUUCUUUGCCAACAUACUCCCUGCUCUCGCGUUUGCGUUUGAGUUACAAGAGAAGACAGGGCAAUACGGUGUGAACGAAGUCCUAAUAUCAACAUUCAUGGCUGCUGCUGGCUUCUCAGUUUUGGGAGCUCAACCACUUACUGUCGUUGGUGUUACUGGUCCAAUUACAGUACUUAAUACAUCAAUAUACACAAUUCUCAAUGAAAGUACAGGCCCUAAUCCGAAACCAAAUUACUUGCAAUUUGUUGGAUGGGUUUAUAUUAUCGCAGCCAUCAUGCACUUUUUCAUAGCAAUAUUCAACUUGAGCAAUUGGUUACGGAGAACAACGAAUUUCACUUGCCAGACAUUCGGCUUUCUCGUUGCUUUUAUCUACUUGACGUAUGGAUGUCAAAUAAUGGGACGUUCUUCUGAAGCUGACGAUCCGAUUGAAAGCUUAGUCUUGAGUGCUUUCCUCGCGGUUACAUUUCUGGCGGUUUAUCAUGUUUUCAUCUUCGGGAAUAUGUCCCCAUAUUUCUUCAGGCACGCAAGGCGAUUUUUACUUGAUUACGGUUUACCUAUCACCGUCGUAGCCGUUUCAGCAUUACCCUACUGGGGCAGAUUCGUAGAGAUUGACUGCAUUAAACUACCUACAGUAGGUGGUUUUAGUUAUACAUCAUCUGAACGAGAUGGAUGGAUUAUUGCUUUCUGGAAUACACCACCUAAAUGGGUCGCGAUUGCUAUUCCAUUUGCUGCAUUGUUGACAUUAUUGUUCUAUUUUGAUCAUCAAGUCUCGGCUAUUAUUGGUCAAGGAUCCGAAUUCAAACUUAAAAAGCCACCCGGAUUCCAUUGGGAUUUCUUCUUGCUCGGGGUUGCUACACUUCUGGCAGGGGUAUUCGGUUUGGUAGCACCAAAUGGACUAAUUCCACAGACGCCUAUUCACACUGAAUCACUAGUCGUCAAUGAGUCUAGGGUUGUAAAUGAGACUGUCGUUGAGGAAGAUCAAGUUAAGAAUGAAGGACAUUCACCAGAAAGCACAACAAAGCAGCGUAAAAUUGAGGUACCUGUUGGCGUUGUCGAGCAGCGAGUUACAAACCUCGCACAAGGUGGACUUGCAUUAGCCUUUGCGACAGGUCCUUUUCUCCAAGCUGUCAAUAAGAUACCAACAGGUGUUUUGGCUGGUCUAUUCUGGUCGCUGGGACUACAUGCUCUUUAUGGUAAUAUCAUCACAGAGCAGGCUAGUUAUCUCUUAAAGGAUAAGCAUCGUACAGAUUCUAAUGACAAGUAUCACAAAGUAAGGAAGAGUCGGAUAUGGCUGUUUUUAUUAUUCGAGCUGGUUGGAUUUGGUGCUACAUAUGCAGUAACUAUUAUACCACGCUCUGCUAUUGGUUUCCCCGUUAUAAUCAUACUUCUCAUUCCGUUCCGAAGCCAUGUGAUCCCAAGACUAGGAUUCACUCAGGAAGAGUUAGACAUAUUGGACGGCCCUGCAGCAUCUGACUUUACGAUGGCCGGAUUGACACUCUAGGCGAUGGUGUAUAUUCUAAGACAUGAGCAUAAAAAAUUUCUCUACAUAAAGAGAUCAAAGAGUUUUCAUAAUGCUAGCAAUGGAUUACAACAUAAUGGAAAUGUACUAAUAAAUUAAUUUUGAUUGAA